GCGCAAGACAUCACGACAAAAGGCCCGGCGCUGCUUCUCGGGUUUUAUAGAGCAGCCACUCAGGAUUCCGCCAUGAUGGCAGCUUCAAGUAGAGGCAGCAGAGCCGUUAGAGGCAUCUUUUCAUCUUCUUCCCCCACGUUGUGUUCCCGAUGCGCAACCACCUACAAAGCGACAUCUGCCCGAUUCUACUCUGCCGCUGCAACUACAACAGAGGUCCAGACUCCUGCUGUCGACGCUCCUCCUCCUCUGGCAUCCUCGACUAAGACGCCGUAUCCAUAUGACGUCCGCUCCGGCCUCAUCCUCACACGGCCGCCGCUGCUGACGAGAACUCUGCACCCCUUCGAGAACGCCUUCUUCUUCUACCAGAAACGGCUGGAGGAGCGCCUCAACACGCCCUUCAUCACGAGCAUAUACUUCAAGCCCGACACGGCGGCGCAGCUGGACUGGAGCCUCAAGGUCCAGGAGCGCGGGGGCACCGUGGCCAAGGAGCUGGGGAGUUACAAGGGCAAGAACUCGACCGCCUGGGACGACGAGCUGAGGGUUGGUGAUAAGCUCAGCGCGCAGGAGACUGUGCUGGAGAGUCUUCUGAAGGAUGCUGCGCCAAGGGUGAGUGAUGAUGCGGAGGUCAUUGCGCCGGAGGACGUUGUGCCUGUGGAGAGGCCGGCGGAGAGGUUGUCUGAGGCGGAUUUGAAGAAGGACGUGAGGCGGCUGGAUCGCCAGAUGGAGAAGACGCUGUAUCUUGUUGUCAAGGGGCCUGAUGGAUGGGGCUUCCCUGCCGAUGUUCUCAAAGACGAGAAUCUCCACGAGGGCGCAAAGAGAGUCAUGGACCAAGCCGCCGGCGUCAACAUGAACACCUGGCUCGUCGGCCGCGUCCCCGUCGCCCACCUCGUGCAGGAGCCCGUCCUCGGCGCAAACGGCCAGGUCGAGAAGAAGGGCCGCAAGACCUUCUUCCUCAAGGGCAGGAUCAUGGCCGGCCAGGCCGACCUCAAGGGCAACCCCUUUGGAUACACGGACUUCAAGUGGCUGACGCGGGAGGAGCUGGAGACGGAGCUGGCGCCGGAGUAUUAUCGCGGCGUGAAGAAUAUGAUGGCUGACCGGUAAGGAGAAAAAAGAAAAGAAAGAAAAGAAAAAGGGAAUGUGUAUUACGAUGAUAUAAAAGGGAUGGAGAAAUGUCGGGACUUGUAACAUUAUGAAUUGUAUAGUUUACACCAUUAUACAGAGCUUCACUGCGGCUGUUGGAACUAUCUAUUACUUCUGCUCAUUUUGCCUUGUUGCUCUCAAAAGAGACCGCAAUGAAAUUGCCA